GUUCGAUGGGGGCAGUAAUACAUGUAGAGGAGCUCAAGCAGCCACGUUAUAUUGUAGAAGAAGAAUACGCUCCUCCUGACUGCUGCCGACCGCUAACGUUAACUUCAUGUGCCAAUUCCGCUACAUCAAAUGUAAAAUAUAGGUUACACGUUGUUUGAAGCAGUGGUUUAAUUUCUUAGGCCAAUGUGUUGUUUAUUUUUUAUCCGGACCACUGCAGGUUGAGUUAAUCCCGUCAUAUUACCGGUUUUCUCCUCUUAUUAGCAUUGUGGCUAACAUCCACGGUGUAGUUGUAGGGCAGUUCCGCAACCGGUUGACCGCUUUAUCCGCGUUUAGCAUUGCUGCUUUCUUCCUGACGCUGGGAACUUCAUGUUUAACUACCUCUUCGCUGCUUUCACACGUUAUACCCUCCACCUGCUCUCCUCCCCACCGAGGACUUUGACCGGAGCCUGCCGCCUUCUCGGUAGGAUGGAGCGGGCAGUAGUGAGGUGUCUUCCCGGGGACCCCAAGCUCACCAUCUCUUUCACCUUGGACGGCAGCUACAAGCAAAUGCUGCGGGACCGGGACGAGCCGCUGGGCAAAGUCCUAACCCGGAUCUCCAACAGCAUGGUCAAGAGGAAAGGAAAGGCAAAGAAGUUGAAGAAGAACAAGGGGCAGCAGCCGUGUGAAGCCACGGAGCCCACCGUGGUGAAGCUAUACUACGACGGAGACGAAGUGCUCGAUACGGUACUGAACUCGGAGGCGUGGCAGGACGGAGCCGUGCUGCAGGUGGGAGACAUGAAAUACUCGGUGCACAGGAACGCUCCCACCUUCACCACCGCUGAGCUCCCGGUGUCGAUGCUAGCCGGGUUUCCCGUCUGCCCCAAACUGGAGGUGGAGUUUGGGAACCUCCAGGACUGUGAGUUUACGUGGUACAAAGAAAAUACCGGAAACACAAGCUCGGAAGGUUCUGGAGAAGUUCCAGAUCAGGAUGCUGGUUGGACUAAGGUAGGAUGUAGCAGAGUGCAUAUCCCGUCCAAUCAGGACAUCGGCUGCAGGCUUAAACUUUGCUGCAUCCCCAAAGAUGGAAGUCGGAGUGGUCUGAUCAAGGAGCUGAUCUCUGCUGAGGCCGUGGAGGCCGGACCAGGCGUGUGCACGUUCGACAACAGACACUUGUACACUGUCAAAGAGGCGGAGUGGCCGACUGUGAGGGUGGUGUCGUACAACAUCCUCGCUGAUAUUUACGCCCAGACGGAACUGUCCAAGACUGUGCUUUACCCGUACUGCGCCCCCUAUGCCCUGCAGCUGGACUACAGACAGAACCUCAUCAAGAAGGAGCUGGCUGGAUACAACGCUGACAUCAUCUGUCUACAGGAGGUUGACAAAGGGGUGUUUGUGGACAGUCUCACUCCGGCUCUGGAUGCCUUCAGUCUGGAUGGCGUUUUCAGGAUCAAAGAGAAGCAGUUUGAAGGACUGGCCACAUUCUACCGCAGGUCAAAGUUUCGGCUGCUGAGCUGCCAUGACAUUGUGCUGAGCGAAGCGUUGAUCUCUGACCCCAUCCAUUCUGAGCUACUGGAGAGGGUUUCUGCCAACAGUGCCCUGAAGGACAGGGUACUGCAGAGGUCCACCUCCCUGCAGGUCAGUGUACUUGAGGACCUCAAUAAACCAGACAGGAGGGUCUGUGUGGCCAACAUUCACCUGUACUGGCACCCGAAAGGAGGGAAUGUUCGCUUGGUCCAGAUGGGCGUGGCUCUGCAGCACCUGAACCGUGUGAUCAGUGAGGUUGCACCUGGAGCCCCUCUGGUCUUCUGUGGUGACUUCAACUCCUCCCCUAACUCUGGUGUGUUCCAGCUGGUCACUGAGGCCGUGGUUCCCCAGCAGCAUGCAGACUGGAGCAGCUCAGGGCCAGAGGAGUCCUGUAAUAUGGAACUGCUGUCCACCUUCCCUCCUCUGCUGAGUGCCUGCAGCCAGCCGGCCUACACUAACUAUGUGGGAGGAUUUCACGGCUGCCUUGACUACAUCUUCAUACAACCAGACAGCAUGCAGGUGGAGCAGAUGAUCCCUCUGCCUAGCCACCAGGAGGUCACUGCCUACGAGGCUCUGCCCAGCAUUGCUCACCCCUCCGACCACAUUGCCCUCAUCUGUGACCUGCGCUGGAGACCCUGACCUCUGACCUUUAACUAUCUGGACAAAGAAUGUUGGAAAACCCCUGCAAAUACAGUGACUGGAUUUCUUUAUACUUGAAAACAGCAUGGACCUAUAGGUUCACUCUAUCACUGAAAGUCAACAGAAACAUGAGUGACACAGUAUGACUAACAUGUUAUGGCUAAAUUUAUAUAUUAAUAUUUGUGUCCUUAAUAUACAAUAAUCAUUUUCCAUCACUGAUAUUCAGUGUUAGGUUUGUUGCUUUAAAAAGGUAUGCAUUGCUUGGUAUUUUUCUUAGAAAUAAUUACUUUAUUUGGUGCUCCCAACACAGAAAACUAAGUUGUACUUCAUAGCAGGAUGAUAAUUGUCAGUCGUACUACCGGACGUAAUGUUAUUUCUUGCCUUCUUAAACAUUUUAGAUUAUAUGGACACUUGAUAUAUUCAGUACACAAUGACAUGGUUGAUAAAUACCUAUUAAAAUUUUAAUUUGGCCAAAGGUUGCUCUAAUUCUUAAGUAAAGUUUUAUUUAUUUUUUUUAUAAAUUUGAGUUCAUAGAAACAAUUGUGCAUGAAUCAAAUUUAGUCAUGUGCACUUUGGAGGGGCUGUUCUCUAUGGAUGUAAUUGACAAGUAAGUAUAAAUUUUAAUUCUGAUGACUGGGUUCAUUUAAUUUAAUUUAAUAGUUCCUCACUCUGGACAAAAUAUUCACUUGCAGCUCAUCUCCUAAUCUUGUGGAAGACCAUUCCUGGGGGUUUUAGGGGGACAAAAAUAAAAAUGCUGUGUAA